AAGGAAAAUUGGAAGAAUUACAAUCUAGAAUUGUACACUAAGAUGUUCCAAGAAAAAAUUAAUUUAAACUGGAUUGAAUUUUGUAGCAGAUUUUAUUUAUGUGAAUCGUUGUAUGAUUCAAUCAAAGGAAAGCAAUUCUCUUCUCCUAAAGAGAAAAGUAAAGAAAUAAACAAAUUGAUCAGAGAAACCAUUCCAAAUGCUAAAAAUGUUUAUUCAAAUAUUUACUCAAUAACAACGCAUUGGAGAAAAUCAUAUGACAAUUUGACUUUGAUAAUCGAAGCUUUUGAUAACAAGAAAAUUCCCAGAGGAAGAAUACUCGAAAAAUUGAGAUGUUCAAACAUUACAAUUAAUUAUUUUCAGAAAGCUGAUCCUCAAGAUAUUGAGAAAUUAACUAGUUGUUUAAUGGAAAAAGAUAACCAAUGUAUCAGUUAA